CAUAUUUCAAAAGAAUCAUAAUCAUUUCACGGUAACUCAUCAGAAAAAGUUAUAGGAAAAUUAUUUGUCGUUGUAAAUUGAAUACUUUUUAUACGAAAAAAAAUGGAAGCCUCUUUUAUGGUAGCCCUAUUCAUUUCGAUAUUUUGCCACUGCAUAGGCCUCUUCUACAAUCCCGUGGAGGCCAGCACGGAGUCAACUGUGUUCCUGAUUAUCGCCACAAUGUUCCUGCAUAAACUGAAGAUGGAGCGCAGGACGACUCCCUCAGUAAGCCAAGUGGGUACGGUCCUUGAGGUGGUGGGCCUUUGUCUGGCGACCCAGGUGAUUCUGGUCGCCAUUUGGUUCCCCGUCUUCCAAGCCCUGCACAUCUUGGUGGAUUCCAUCUGCAGAAGUCUGCGAAACUCGUUGGGUGACGAGCAGGCCUGGAUAGUGGAGCAAAUCAAUCAAUCGGCGGUGACAGUGAUUCUGCUGGCCAUGGAAUCGGUUUGGCUGCUAAAGGGGUUCGAGAUCAGCGAUGUACAAAAGUUUUUCGGCUCCAAGGAGGACUGCGUCUCAGACAGUGUACUCGCCUUUGUGGCCAGGGAGGAGAUCAAUGCCCUGCGCCGCGAAAAGAAGAACUUGCAGAAGGAGCGUUUCUUUAAGUCGGUCAAGAAAUAAAUUGUAAAUAAAUCGUAUUCAUCAAGGACCACUGAUCUUAAGUUUUGUAUAAAUAAAAUAGUGGUUGAUAGAAAUAUAAUAUUUUCAAAAUGUUAA